AUGUCUAUUGAAAACUUAAAAUCUUUUGACCCAUUUGCCGAUACUGGUGAUGAUGAAACUGCUACUUCCAACUACAUUCAUAUUCGUAUUCAACAAAGAAAUGGUAGAAAGACUUUAACCACAGUUCAAGGUGUUCCAGAAGAAUAUGACUUAAAGAGAAUUUUAAAAGUUUUGAAAAAAGAUUUUGCCUGUAAUGGUAAUAUCGUUAAGGACACUGAAAUGGGUGAAAUCAUUCAACUACAAGGUGACCAAAGAGCUAAAGUUUGUGAAUUUAUGAUUUCCCAAUUAGGUUUACAAAAGAAGAACAUCAAGAUUCACGGUUUCUGA